AUGGUUGGAAAUGAGAGAGUGGUGCUGGCUGGGGUUGAGGUUGCUCUAUGCGACUGCAGGGAUAAUUUGGUGUUCGAGGUUUGGAAACCCCUGAUUGGGAAUGGGAUGAGCAAGAAUGGUGCCCUGUUGAAAGCCUUGAUUGAAGGACUUAAUGCUGCUCUUGCUUUGGACUUGAAGGGCAUCCCCUUUUUCUCCUUCUAUCUUAUAUAUGGUUAUGGAUGCUAUGGGUUUGCACUGACCAUGAAAGAGGUCACUGAAAAUGGUAAACAAGAGCGUCACCUAGUCGCAACAGUGGGAAAGUUCAGCGUGGUAUGGGACUUUCAGCAGGUGAAGAACAGUGCCCAUGAAUGCUACAGGAAUCAGCAAGGUCUUAAGAGUUGUUGUUGUUACAAGAUUCUGUUGAAGGACGAGUCCAUCGUGGAGAGUCGUUUCACGCACGACAACUAUGCCGUUACAGACUCCCCGGAAGCUCCACUGGUGGUGGCAACCCCCAUGAAAGUCAGCUCAAUCAGUCUCUCUGGCAAGAGAUGA